AUGAUCAUGGAGGCGCUGCGUGGGGUGAGCGCGGCGUCCAGUCCCCCCCACACCUCCCCCACAAGCCCCCACACCUCCCCCACCAAGCGCACCUUCGACGUCGCCUUCCUGACGGGCGCCCGCGACCACCUCCUCGACCCCGAGGGCGCCACGCCCGCCGCUAAGGUCAGCCGCGUUGCCGGACUGAAGAUGUCGCCGGCCGCGCCCGCGACGCCGCCCCGCGUUGACCGGACUCGCGAAGACGUGACCCCCGGCAGCGCCUUCACCAAGGUCACCAGGUCACAGGGGUCAUCACCGCCACACUUCAUCUCCGCCAGCAGCACCCUGGACGCUCUCACGGCCUGGCCGCCCGUGUCAGCCUCCUUCAGCGCCGUCAGCUCCCUGCUGAGUAGCGGCAAGUCGCUGGCGCCCUUGCUGGCGGCCCCAGGGCUGCUGCCCCACGGCCUGGCGCCCUUCCUGCCCCACGCCAGCCCUGACCGCCUCAACAACAACCUGGUGGAGGAGUACCUCAAGUCCCACCACCACCUGAUGGAGGCCAAGCCCGCAGGAGACAUGUCCGAGGCGCUCUCCCGCCUGCGGUCCACCAUGUGUCCUGCGGACCCGUACAAGCUGCCCUUCACGUCCCUCGCCUACCCGCUGUCCGCACCGUCCGCAGCCGACGCCGCCAAGCUCAGCGCCGCGGCUCCGUUCCUGUCGCAGCCGUCGGUGUCCGCCCUGAUGCCGCCGUCCCUGGCCUCGCUGACGCAGGCGGCGCAGAACGUGUGCGCCAAGUGCAACAUAUCGUUCCGCAUGACGUCGGACCUGGUGUACCACAUGCGCUCGCAACACAAGCGCGAGGCCGACCCGUACAAGCGGCGCCGCAACGAGCGCCUCAAGUGUAACAUCUGUAACGAGAGCUUCCGCGAGCGGCACCACCUGACGCGACACAUGAGCGCCCAUCAGGACCGCGACGACGACGCCGCUCAGGCCAAGUGAGCACCACCCUGCAACCCGCCCACCCGCCCGCGACGCAUGCACGCCCACACACCCACGUGUACACGCCCACGCACCCACGGUAAUCUGUCCAUGACCCGCACACCUCCGCCCAUUUUGAAUCUCUCACACGCCCACGGUACCCCGCCCACAUCUCCAGCUCUCACCACUGGUCAACCAGCCACGGCACCCAAACCCUUCGCCGCCCGUGUCGCGCCGCCGCCCACCAUCGCCCGUAACAGUCACGGCCCCCACGCCCAUAACGCCCACAGCAAGAGCAAACUGUGUUGCUUGCUGUCUAGGGUAUGGCCGCAACCAUGGCAAUAUUUGCAAUUUAUCCCCUACCCGUCUUCUCUCCCUCUGAGACAGAGAGAUAAAGAGAUUAUAUCCCCUUUACUGAAAGAUAAAUGAUCUUAUAAACGGAAAACUCCUAACUACAUAACUAAGCACCUUGAAAAGUCUUAGAAACCCGAUAAAAAAUUCAGAUUUAAUAGAGAAAACACUCGUUGAAAUCCAAGAGGACAGGGGCAGUGAUUGGAUGGGAGAAGGGCUGUGAUCGGUUAAGGCGAGGGCAGUGAUUGGCUAGGAGAAGCGAUGUGACUGGCUGAAACAAGGACGGAGAUUGGCUGCGGCAUUGCUGUUGAAUAGAUGAAAUAAGAGCAGUGAUUGGCUUGCAAUGUGGACGCUGACUAGUUGAAGCCACGAAGGAAGUUAGCGGUGAUUGGCUGUCAGUGUUGGGGAUUGGCCGAGUCAAUAGCAGUGAUUGGCCGAGUCAAUGGCGGUGAUUGGCCGAGCCAGUGGCGGUGAUUGGCCGAGCCAGUGGCGGUGAUUGGCCGAGUCAAUGGCGGUGAUUGGCCGAGUCAAUGGCGGUGAUUGGCCGAGUCAAUGGCGGUGAUUGGCCGAGUCAGUGCUGGAGAUUUGUCAUAAAGAAUCAAUGUUCGUCUCUAACAUUGAUAGAGGCCGAGACAAAUUAAAUUAUUUAAACAAGGAGGACAUUGACAAAAACGAAAAGUGAUUGGGUGCCGCACAAACAGAAUUUGGACGUAACAUUGCUAAUAAUUAACCCAAAUGAAUAAUGAAAAGCUAGCCAAAGACGGUGACGAGGGCACACAAGUGCAGUGACCAACUCAGGCAAAGACAGUGACGAAGGCAGUGACCAGCUCAGACAAUGACAGUGACCAGCUCACGCAAAGGCUUUUGCCUUUGCCGCUCAGGCAAAGACAGUGACGAGGCCAAACAAUCACAGAGCCGAAGUAGUCCACAUUUGCCUAGUGUUCAACAAUUGCUCGGUGACUGUCAGUGUGGCCGAUACGCCUUUCACUGGCCAAAGAGAGUAGUGUUCUGGUACAAAUUAACAGCAAAUUGUGCGUUCGUACCAAAGGCGGUCCUUGAGGCAUUCAUGGCAAAUAUUGUGCGUACCUAUAACUUGUGCAAUACAGUGCGCAAUGCUCCCAGGUCUCCGUGGUGCACAGUACAAUGUAACAAUAAAUAUACAUUCACUCCACAUAUAUAUAUAUAAAUGCUUCUCCGUUUUCUGUUGGCGUACUGAACACCUGGUUUCACGUCUGGUGUCUGUACAUGAAGUCAGCAAUUAGUGUCCAGCUGCUGCGCUCAUUUACAAAUCUUAAGAUUUUUAUAUUACUGUCUUGUACAUAUUUCAUGUAACCAGCUUUUAAAAGUCUCGGUUUAUGUAUUUUUAUUUAUCAUAUUUAGCGUUAUCAUAAUUAUUGUUAUUGUUAAUAUUAAUUUAUAUAUUACUGUAUAUAUAUAUAUAUGUUAUUAUCAUCGUCAUCAACACAAUUUAUAUUGUCUUAUAAUGGCAUUUUAUUACCGCUAGUUAAUAAUAAUAAUAAUAAAAAUAUUAUUCUAGCUUUAUUUGUAUUCUAUUAUAAUUACUUUAUUAUUUCUUUAAUGUCCUAAAAUAAAUCAGUAUCGGUUUUAUAAAUAUUUGAAUCGACGUUUCUGAAUUGUAAUCUUUCAAGAAAGUUCCAUUUUUAAUACCUUUUGAUUAAAGAUAAAAAUGAUGAAAUCUUGUAUAUAAUAAUUUUGGGAUUAUUUAUAGACGCUAGUCAUGAGAGCAGUGCAAUAAGUGACUGUAAAUACAAGUUAUAAACUUUCAGAACUCUAUGUAGUAGAUGUAGCAGGCGGGGGGGGGGGGGGGGUGUCAAUGUUGUGAUGAUGUCAUCGAUGAGGGGGGGGGGCGACGUCAGGUGUGUUAGUGACGUCACUGGCGGUCGGUGAUGACAUCUACUCUAAUGGCAGCAGCAGAAAUGAUCCUAUCUGAAUCUAUGGCUUUGUGACGUCCAUGGCAUCACUUUGGAGGAGAUCACAGGCUGUCA